AUGGAGAAGCGUGUACGAGAUGAGACUGAUGCGAAUGCAAAGUUCUCAAAGUAUAUUAGGAGACUUGCUAGUGGAUUUAAGAUUGAGAAGGAAUUUCAGAAGUUAUACACAGACACAAAGUUUCAAGAGGUCCAAACGGAGUGUACCAGAAUGAUGUAUUGUUAUCCACGUGAGGAGACUUGGGUAUCAACCAAUUUAAUUCAUUAUGUCCUUGAGGACCGUGUUUGGAUAGUCCCAGAAGGAAUGAGUGAGGAUGUAAUCACUGAUAGGCGCUGGUUUUAUAGUGCAACAUUCAACACGGACACCAAGGAGGUUUUGUGUGAUUGCCGCAAAUUUGAAACGCACGAAAGAUACAUUGUUAGUCGUUGGCAUAAGGAUAUACUAAGAAAGCACACACAGGUGAAGGUGUGGUACCAUGACCCAAAUAAGACAGCCGAGGUCAUAAGAUACAACAAAUUUAUCCAUCCAUUUGAACCAAUAUGUGAAGAGGCAGCUAUGGUAAACGAUGAAACGGUUGACAAGGUGUUAACAACUCUCGAAAAUUUGGGUCUGAUUGUCAGAAAUGUGAUUUCCUUGCUUUUGUAUUGCCGUAGAAAUUGUUUAUAUAUACAACCUAUAAUUGGACAAUAUGUGAUUUUGCCUAUUAAUGGGUUGUUAUAUGCUGUGUAUAAGAAAGAAUGUGAUUGGUUAAGUUCUGCUUGUGAUUGUGAACGAUAUUUUGCUUAA